CAGACACCAAAAAAAAAAAAAAAUCAUCCAAGUUCCCUUCUAAUUUUGCACUGGUCUUGUAAUUAUAUAACCUCGAGGUUCUGACAUCUUCUUUUUUUAUUACAUUCCAUGAUGGGUCGCAGAUCGUUGCUUUUUGUCGGAGCUCUGUUUCUGAUUCUGUUCACAACGUUACCAUCUUCAAGAGCUUUGGUUUCUUCUCCUGAAGCUAAUCAUCAUUACCCUAAAGCCAUCUCUGAUUUGAAGGAAGCAAUUGUGAAGGGACUUGGGUUCCAAUCAGAAGAAGUCAAGAUCUCUGGUUUUGAUGUGAGGGAUGCAUUGGUAGGCCAUGCUGUCUCAUACGAGUUUGAUCUUGAGAUUGACAAGAAGGUUCUCCCCAUCAAGCUUCUUGAAGAUGUAAACCGAUGGGAGUACGUUGAUCUCCCUAUUUUCCAAGUGGAGCAACCUAAUGGAGGUGUGGAUGAGAAUGGUUUGGUUCCUAUGAGUGACGAGAAGAAGAAGAAGUCUGGUGAUGUUUCACCUGUUUUAGCUCCGUUUCAGCUUGCUGGCCCCAUGGAACUUUGGAUCCAAGAUGCAAAUGAUAUGCGUCUUUCAUUGCCUUAUGAUGUGGAUGCUGGUGUUUUGAAGAAAGUGAUAUUAGGAGAAGGUGCUGUUGUAACUGUGAAAGGAGCUAGAUCAGUUAGUUUGCGUCACCCUAUUGAUUUGCCACUUCCAUUAAACCAAAGUUCCAAUGAGUUUGCCUCUGGUCUACUCUCUUUAGCUGAGCAGCUUCGACGUGGCGCUUCCUCAACUGAUCAAGAAACUCCACUUCUCUCUCUCCGCAUUGUUGGUCCCACUUCUCUUGCAUCAACCUCACACUCUCCUGAGAGCAAACUCAAGCUUAAGCGCCUUGCGCCUGGACUUGUGGAGCUAUCUUCCAUGUCUAAAGACAAAAGUAGAAGUGUCUCAACCAUUGAUGGUGUUACCACUACUGUCCUCACGCCAAGAGAGUUCACAACCAUGUGGCCGAUUACAUCAAUCAAUGGCUCAAACGCUCACUUACUCGGCUUUGAGAAGCUGUUGACUUCUGUCUUAGGACCUAAAGCUCAGGAGGAAGGUUCUUUUAAGGUGUUGAAAGCAGAUGUUGCAGCUCAAACGUUUAUGAAGAUUGGUUUUGGUGUAGAGAGGAAGCUGAGGGAGAGUGAUAUUGAAGGAUUAGGGUUUCCAGAGUGGAGAACGAAACCCAAAACAAUGAGAAUGCAUUUUGAGGUUCUUGCUAAAGUUGAUGGUGACAAGGUUGUGCCAGAGAAUGUGGUCAGGGUUGAUCCUAUGCCAUUGGAGGAUACGGUUGCACAGAAUGUGAUUACUGGGAAUGUAACCAUGUCGAAAGUUCCUAUAGUUCAGCCUCCUCCAAGCCCUUUCACCUUGUAAAAAUCAUGUGACACAUAGUUGUUGUUUCAUGAGAAAGUAUAAUAAUGACUUUGUUUUUUUGCUUUACUAACAGUAUCUGCAGAAGAAGUGAAUGUUUGUUAUAUACUUCACUGCUGCUUGUAAAUACAACUCUUUUUGGGUGGUGAUAAUAACACAUGAUAUUAUGAUAAA